UCUCGGCACCCUCGGAGCCGCCGCUGCCCUCCGCCCUCGCCGGCACAGCCCGCGGGCAGACAGAGCUCGCGCGGUGCCGCCCGGCCCGGCCCGGCUCGGAUGCCGCCAUGGGGAGCCGCUUCUCCAGCAUCCCCGCGCUGCCCCGCGGCGGCCAGGGCCGCCUGCACCGCGCCCGCCACCACCGCCUCAAAGAUUCCAUUGGUGGGUCGUUUUCAACGUCCUCCCACCGAUGCCACCACAAGCAGAAGCACUGUCUCCCCAUCCCACAAUGUGGAACUUUGUCCAUCAGCCCUCUGCUUUUCCAUCCUCACACGAAGGGAUCCCAGAUCAUCAUGGACACAACACAGAAGGCAGUGAAGCGCCAGGCUAGCUUCUGCAAUGCCAUUACCUUCAGCAACAGGCCCAUUGUUAUUUAUGAACAAGUCAGGCUUAAGAUCACUAAAAAGCAGUGCUGCUGGAGCGGGGCUCUUCGACUCGGCUUUACUUCCAAGGAUCCAUCCAGGAUCAACCCUGACACUCUGCCAAAGUAUGCGUGCCCUGACUUGGUUUCCCAGAGCGGGUUUUGGGCCAAGGCUCUGCCAGAAGAGUUUGCAAACGAGGGGAACAUCAUAGCCUUCUGGGUGGACAAGAAGGGACGCGUUUUCUACCGGGUGAAUGACUCUGCUGCCAUGCUCUUCUUCAGCGGCGUGCGGACGGCAGAGCCCCUCUGGGCCUUGAUCGACGUCUACGGGCUCACCCGUGGAGUGCAGCUCUUAGACAGUGAAAUCAUCCCUCCUGACUGCCUGCGGCCCCGCUCCUUCACGGCCAUCCGCCGGCCCUCGCUGCGCCGGGACACCGAGGACACGCGCCUCUCGGUCAGCCUGUGCGACCUCAACCUGCAGGAGGACGCCUUCCACGUGACGGCCACCACCUGCCCCAUCCCGCAGAACUCCCUCAACUCCCAGCACUCCCACCUCCUCCCGUCCCAACUGGAGAGCGACCUCCGCUUCCACCACCUCCGGGGCCCCCAUGUCAAAAUCCUCGAUGACCAGACCGUGGCCCGCCUGGAGCACGCUCGGGAGGAGAGGACUUUGGUGUUCACCAGCAGACCCCUCCGGAUCAACGAAACCAUUUUUGUCAAAAUCAACAAGUCCAACGCCGUGCGCACGGGGACGCUCUCCUACGGGGUGACGUCCUGCGACCCCAGCACCCUGCGCCCCAGUGACCUCCCCUAUAACCCCGAAUCCUUGGUCGACAGAAAGGAGUUCUGGGCCAUCUGCCGAGUGCUGGUGCCCCUCCAGAGCGGGGACAUCCUGGGGUUUAUGGUGAAUUCCGACGGUGAGCUGCACUUGAGCCACAACGGUGCUGGCGUUGGCAUGCAGGUGUGCGCGGACUGUUCCCAGCCCCUCUGGAUGUUCUUCGUUUUGCACGGAGCCAUCAUGCAAAUUCGAUUGCUGGGUUCCACCAUCUUAGCGGAGCGGCUGGGAAUGUCGACAUCGAGCUCGCCCACAUCCACACCCAACUCCCCCACCGUCCUCUGCAGUGGUGUCUCUGGCCCCUUACUGUCUACGUGUGGCUCUGGCCCCCUCUGCAGCUCUAUCAGUGGCACAGCUCCCAACUCUCCAAGCAGCUUGCCUGAGUCACCCAUCUCCCCGUCCGUCUCAGGGACCUGGGUAGAUGAAUGCACCAUCUGCUAUGAGAACAUGGUGGACACAGUCAUUUACUCCUGUGGACACAUGUGUCUCUGCUAUUCAUGUGGGCUGAAGCUCAAGAAGAUGGCCAGUGCCUGCUGCCCCAUUUGCAGACGGGCCAUCAAAGAUAUCAUCAAAACAUACCGCAGCACUUAGAGCAGCAGCAGAUGCCGUGGUGGGGACUGGGCAUGAGGGGAGGAGGCUGUGAAACAGCACAGGUCUUGGUCUUUAUUCAUCACCCAGGAGAUUCAAAAGCCAUCACCCACCACCACCCUGACCUCCUCUUCCAUGGACAACAGAUGAGACAAGCUUAGAUGCUGCUCUUCUACCCCCCAAGCAAGCCCUGGGGCUGAACACCAGUGUCAGGGAAGUUGCUAUGGACUACUCUCCCUUGUGGAUUUUAAACUUUAUCUCAAAAAAUGCCAGCUGGUGCAAUCAUCCCUUUCUACACCAUGCACAGCAGAGGGGAAUCUCCACUCUUUAGCAUAGACAGCAAGUGGUAAAAGGUUCAGUGCUACACAUCUCCUUCCAGAGAUACCCCACAUGCGGAGACAGCUUAGCAGAAGAGAUGAGCAGUGCGUUUCUGUGGACAACCAGCUUUACCAGAGGAGGCUCCUUAGAAAGGACAGAGCAAGGCAAGCAUUGACCCAGCGAGGGAGGAGCAGUGGGCACAGUCACAGCAGAGAGGCUGGGGCCAGUGCAGAAAAUAACCCAAGAUUUGUGAAGCAACACCCAACCCAUAUCUGCAGACAGAAGAGCAGACCCAUGGCAGCUCUUGGGGGCUGUCCCCAACUCCUCCGUUGCCAUUCUCUGACAGAGGCUUUCAUGGUGGUUUUGGCAACAAACACUGGCAACAGCUCUGCUCCCUCCCAGCAGCGUCAGCCACCUCCUGUCACCACCCUGUCACACGAGGAGUGGCUCCCAAACCCCAUCACCACCGACCUGUGUGUGGUCUCCAGGCAGCACGAGGGAUCCAGCAGCAUUUCUUCUCCCAUGGGCCUGUGGGAGAGGGAGACAUAACUCCCUCACCUUUCUCCCCCUACCAUCCAGACAGCAUUUGUGAGGAAAAACCACAGCCUCACCGGGGAAGAAUGUAUAAACCCACACGUCUGUGGGUUACCUUUACUGGUAACUUUAUCACUGUGCUUUAAGACAAAACCAGCCAGGUGGUACUCAGCUCUUCUCAGCCACACCGGCAGGACAUGGCUGUCCUUACGUGUUAGGAAGUAAGGAAUGAGAGAAAGAUAACUUGAGUGGUUUGGUUUGCUUUUGUUUAUUUAAACAGAUCUCCUUCUCUCCUGCCUGAGUCAGGAACGUGGCUGUGCCCAGCAGGGACAGUGGUGGCCCCCUUGGUUGCCAUGCAAACAUCUGCUGCUCUGCCAUGGCCACGGGUGUGACCCUGGGCUGCUGGCCCUUGGGUCUGGGCUGUGUGGCUUGGCAGCAGCAGGAGCUGUCUGCCUCCCUUCCCAACCCAGCCUGCUGCCUUCCUGGGCUGCAGGGGAGGGAGGGAGGGACUGUGUCUGGGUCCUGAGGGGAGGCCAGGGCUAGGGUGCCAUGGCAGUGGAGUUUUCCACCACCACAUCACCCACAUGGCCAGACCAGGGAAGGCCAUGGAGUCACACCCUUCCUGCUGAGCUUUUCCUUUUCACCUGAGCAUUUGGCCAGUGAUGGGAUAGGGGGGAACAGUGUGGUGCAGGGAUAACACUAUUUAAUGCACACAUGCACUUGCUGCAGGGGACAUCAUGCCCCCCACCCCCAGCAGCAGGUGGGUUUUUACCCCCCACACUGGCAGAUCCUAAAAACACCUGGAAAACACAUCCUUGCUCUGUCUCUCAAGGAGACGCAAAAAGAGACUACUCACUGGGGAGCACAUUGUAGAGCCUUUCCCUGAGGGUGCCACCAUCACUGCAGCCUAGCCAGGGGCCUGCAGCUCCCCCCAGCCUGCCCUGCAGGCAGCACUAACUUGAAUGCUGAUACUCUGGGUGACAGGGAUUUGUGUUCUUUCCUGGCAUACCUCUGAUGUACAAACC